AUGAUAAAUGGGCUGGACUCAUCCCUGGAUUGCUCAGCAAGUGCUGCUGAUGCCACAGGGGGACCGAACUGGGGUUUUCAAGUAUGUCCCUUCUCUGAUGCAGUCGGCCAGUCCUCAGGCUGCUCUCUGCUAGCCAGCCUGACUGGGCAACAGGAAAUCCAGUUCGGGAAGGACACGUUGCUCCCCGGCCAGCCUCUUCUACAGAGUCGUGCCUCAGUCGCACAACGGAGCCUCACCUUCUUCCAGCUCGUCUGCUCUGGUUCUCUUCAUAUUCGUCGCUACGUUUUUAUAAAGAAACCCCUUGAUGAAGAAAAUGACAGAACAGCUUUCACAUCGCUGCUUCACCUGUUUGUAGUAAGGCAUAUUUCUGAGUAUGAAGAAACCAAGGGCCGUUGUGGCAUCAUCUAUAGAGCUGGCCUUAGGUCAGGGAGGAAACCCUUCAACGAUUUAGGCAAACCUAAAUACAAAGAGUACGAGAAGGAUGUGGCAAUAGAAGAAAUCGAUGGCCUCCAGUUGGUGAAAAAGCUGGCAAAGAACAUGGAGGAGAUGUUCCAUAAGAAGUCGGAAGCUGUCAGGCGUCUCGUGGAAGCUGCGGAGGAGGCUCACCUGAAACACGAGUUUGAUGCUGACUUACAGUAUGAAUAUUUCAAUGCAGUCCUGAUUAAUGAGCAAGACGAAGAAGGAAAAUAUUUGGAGCUGGGGAAGGAGUUCAUCUUGGUUCCAAAUGACCAUUUUAACAACUUGCCUGUCAACAUUAGCCUGAGUGAUGUUCAAGUUCCAACCAAUAUGUACAACAAGGAUCCUGCAAUUGUCAAUGGUGUAUACUGGUCGGAGUCUUUAAACAAAGUGUUUGUAGAUAAUUUUGAUCGGGACCCUUCUCUGAUAUGGCAGUAUUUUGGAAGUGCAAAGGGAUUCUUUAGACAGUAUCCAGGUAUUAAAUGGGAACCAGAUGAGAAUGGAGUCAUUGCUUUUGACUGCAGAAACCGAAAAUGGUAUAUUCAAGCUGCCACUUCUCCAAAAGAUGUCGUUAUCUUAGUAGAUGUGAGUGGCAGCAUGAAAGGGCUUCGCUUGACCAUUGCCAAGCAAACAGUAUCUUCAAUUUUGGAUACCCUGGGAGACGAUGACUUCUUCAACAUCAUUGCUCACUUCUCAUCUUGGGAAUCGGACUUUAUCCAGGAGACCAGUGAGGGCCAGUCCAAUGAGCUAUUGGCCACGAGGGGGAUCUGGGAAGAGCGUGGAUGGAUUGGAGCAAAUCCAUCAGCAGUGCCGUCCAUCAUCGGGGAGCAGCACGUGCCUUCUGGUGGAGGGCCAGACGCAGCAUCUCCACACACAAAGGGCGCCCAGCCUAGAAAACAUUUCAGAGAACAUCUGGACAAGCUUUGUGCCAAAGGAAUUGGGAUGCUGGACAUUGCUUUGAAUGAGGCCUUCAGUGUGCUCAAUGAAUUCAACCACACCGGCCAGGGAAGCAUCUGCAGCCAGGCAAUAAUGCUCAUUACCGAUGGGGCCGUAGAUACCUAUGAUACGAUCUUCGCAAAGUACAAUUGGCCAGAAAGAAAGGUCCGCAUCUUUACAUAUCUGAUAGGAAGAGAAGCCGCAUUUGCUGACAACCUCAAAUGGAUGGCCUGUGCCAACAAAGGAUUUUUCACUCAGAUCUCCACCUUGGCUGAUGUUCAAGAGAAUGUCAUGGAGUAUCUACAUGUGUUGAGCCGACCAAAGGUUAUUGACCAGGAGCAUGAUGUGGUCUGGACUGAGGCAUACAUCGACAGCACUCUUCCCCAGGCACAAAAGCUUGCUGAUGAUCAGGGGCUGGUCUUGAUGACGACAGUCGCCAUGCCUGUGUUCAGCAAGCAAAAUGAAACUAGAUCAAAAGGGAUUCUGCUUGGAGUGGUUGGCACUGAUGUCCCAGUGAAAGAGCUACUGAAGACCAUCCCUAAAUAUAAGUUGGGGAUUCAUGGUUAUGCUUUUGCCAUCACCAACAAUGGCUACAUUCUGACACAUCCUGAACUCAGGCCUCUGUAUGAAGAAGGAAAAAAGCGGAGGAAACCCAACUAUAGCAGCGUUGACCUUUCCGAAGUGGAAUGGGAAGACCGAGACGAUGUGCUCAGAAAUGCCAUGGUGAAUCGGAAGACGGGGAAGUUUUCCAUGGAGGUGAAGAAGACAGUGGACAAAGGGAAACGGGUUUUGGUGAUGACAAAUGACUACUAUUACACUGACAUCAAGGGCACGCCUUUCAGUUUAGGUGUGGCUCUCUCUAGAGGACACGGGAAAUAUUUCUUCAGAGGGAACGUAACCAUAGAAGAAGGCCUGCACGACUUAGAACAUCCUGACGUGUCCUUGGCAGAUGAAUGGUCUUAUUGCAACACAGACUUACAGCCUGAACACCGACAGCUGUCCCAAUUGGAUGCUAUUAAGCUCUACCUCAAAGGAAAAGAGCCACUUCUUCAGUGUGACAAAGAAUUAAUACAGGAAGUUCUUUUCGAUGCUGUAGUUAGUGCCCCCAUCGAAGCUUACUGGACUAGCCUCGCACUCAACAAAUCAGAGAACUCGGACAAGGGCGUAGAGGUCGCCUUCCUCGGAACCCGCACCGGCCUCUCCAGGAUCAACCUGUUUGUGGGUGCCGAGCAGCUCACCAACCAAGACUUCCUGAAAGCUGGAGAUAAGGAGAAUAUUUUCAAUGCUGAUCAUUUCCCUCUCUGGUACAGAAGAGCAGCUGAGCAGAUUCCAGGCAGCUUUGUCUACUCCAUCCCAUUCAGCGUCGGCGUCGUAAACAAAAGCAAUGUGGUGACUGCAAGUACUUCCAUCCAGCUCCUAGAUGACAGGAAAUCACCAGUGGUAGCAGCUGUAGGUAUUCAGAUGAAGCUCGAAUUUUUCCAGCGGAAGUUCUGGACUGCCAGCAGACAGUGCGCCUCUCUGGAUGGCAGGUGCUCCAUUAGCUGUGAUGAUGAAACCCUGCCGUGUCUGUUGCUAAGGCAGUUAUCUGUGCUUUUCCUCGUGUCUUCUCUCUUGCAGACUGGAAACUUUUUUGGUGAGGUCGAGGGAGCUGUGAUGAACAAAUUGCUAACAAUGGGCUCCUUUAAGAGAUUGAAACAAACUCUGGAACCCUGUGACACAGAAUAUCCAGCCUUCGUCUCGGAGCGUACCAUCAAGGAGACUACAGGCAACAUUGCAUGUGAAGACUGCUCCAAGUCCUUUGUCAUCCAGCAGAUCCCAAGCAGCAAUCUGUUCAUGGUGGUGGUCGAUAACCAAUGUGCCUGUGAUUCGGUGUCACCCAUUACCAUGGCUCCAAUUGAAAUCAGGUAUAAUGAAUCCCUUAAGUGUGAACGCUUGAAAUCACAGAAAAUCAGAAGGCGGCCAGAAUCCUGUCAUGGCUUUCAUCCUGAAGAGAACGCGAGAGAGUGUGGGGGAGCCGCGGGUCUCUGUGCCAAGCCUGUCCUCCUCGUGAUCCCUCUGCUUCUGAUGUUCCUCUCCAGGUGA